AUGGCCGCCAAGAAGUUGAAAGACAAGAAACUUAAAGAGAAGCUCGUGGCCCGGCGUUCUUUAGUGUCGUCACUCGAAACGGUCGAGUCGUUCGUAGAAAACUAUGAAGAAGAUCGUGAUUUCGCGCAAGUGCCUGUAUGGUUGGACUUAUUAGAUCAACUGUAUCGCGAACAUGUGAAGGUCCAGGCUGAACUUGAAAGGCUCGACAACGGGGAUGCCCCGUUAGUGAGACAUCUCCAGGAACGUAGAUUGUUUGAUUCGAGGUAUUGUGCUGCGAAAGGGUGGUUGAUCAACAGGAAGGUAGCUGAUCUGAACUCCACCAUCAAUACUGCGGGCAACAUCGCUCCACCACCAACCACCUUCCAUUUGCGGCUUCCGAAAAUAGAUUUGCCGAAGUUUGACGGCGAUUAUUCUCGGUGGCUCGGAUUCCGCGAUACUUUUAAGUCCAUGGUGCACGACGCACAUGACAUCCCACUGGUAGCUAAGCUACAGUUUUUGCUCCAGUCUCUGGAAGGUGAAGCGCGGAAACCAUAUGAAACGGUGGACAUCGAAGCAGCCAAUUACCUCACCACCUGGGAAGCGCUAUUGAAGCGCUAUGACAAUAAGCGCUUCCUGAAGAAACAACUCUACCGAACGUUGCACGAUCUACCCCCAAUUCGUAAGGAAUCAGCCCAAGACCUCCAUAACCUCGUGGAUGAUUUCCAACGUCAUGUAAAAGCCCUAGCGAAGCUUGGAGAAACCGUAGAGACUUGGGAUACCCCGCUGGUAUGCAUGUUAUCCUACAAAAUCGACCCAGCAACCCUUCGAGCGUGGGAGGAGUACGCAGCAAAUUCAGACGAUGUAGGGUACGAAGCGUGCAUCGAAUUUCUCUACCAACGAGUGCGUAUACUGCAGACAGUGUCCUCCGAAAUCCAGCAUCGUACGCAAAAUACACCGGUCAAGGUGGCCGGUUCGCAGACAUUCUCCAAGAAAACAACGUCUGCUACGAAGGCGGUUGUCAAUACCGCUACUACCUCCAACUCUCGAACAAACCCACCUACGUGCAUCGCUUGCUCGGAGAAACAUCUGCUGUUUCAAUGUCCGUCCUUCCAAGGAAUGGCCGUCGGACAACGCCGAGAGCUCAUUUCCCAGAAGCGGCUUUGCUGGAACUGCUUCAAAUCAUCCCACGUUGCUCGAAACUGUGAUUCGAAGUACACCUGCCGCCACUGCCACGAGCGGCAUCACUCCUUGCUGCAUCAAGCAGCCAGUCCAAGUAAGUCGACUUCCAACCCUGCAGUUCAACCAGCUCAGCCCACGCCUAUUCAGGAAGCCCCCAGCGAUUCAGUCGCUCCGUCCGGGGAAGUGAGUGUUGCAGCUCACCGUACCUCUCCAAGUACCGUUUUCCUCUCCACCGUCGCACUUUGGAUAAAGGAUCAGUUUGGAAAUCUCCAUCCCGCUCGAGCUCUAAUCGAUUCCGGUUCGCAAUCGAACUUCAUUUCCAAGAAAUUGGUUCGUCGCCUUUGUUUACGUCCGGCCCGAGUCAGCGUCCCUAUCACCGGAAUCGGUGAAGCAACGGUGACGGUUACCCAAUCCGUCGUCUCCACAAUUCGCUCCAAAAACGCUGAAUUUUCCAGUGAGCUGGAAUUCCUGGUCCUUCCCAAGCCAACCGCAGAACUCCCUUCAUCCAACGUGGACGUGUCUUCGUGGAAAAUUCCGCCGACCGUGCCUCUGGCCGACCCUACGUUUAACGUUUCGGGUCCCAUCGAUCUGCUACUAGGAAUUGAACUGGUUCACGAAUAUCUAAAAAGUGGCAGAAUAUUCCUCGGCGAAGGCUCGCCGGUCUUAUUCGAGACUGUUUUCGGAUGGGCCGUUAUCGGUCGCUGGUACGGUUCAACUGUACCAUCUUCUCCUGUUUGCCACGCUGCCAUCACUCAACGUAACCUGGAAUCUAUCCUAGAGAAGUUUUGGACCCUAGAAGCAGUAGAACCAGGCCGGUUCUUGUCACCAGAAGAAGCUUCUUGUGAGGAGCUGUAUAAAUCCACCACUACACGCAAUUCAUCUGGGCGUUACGUUGUCCGACUUCCUAGAACAGAGGAACCUAGUGUCCGGCUCGGCGAAUCACGAAGCAUAGCGGAAAGACGUCUGUUGAGUCUCGAGCGACGAUUGCAGCGAGACGAACCCACUCGGGCUGCCUACAACGAGUUCAUGGCCGAAUAUUUACGACUCGGCCACAUGCGGCAGAUCGCCGAACCACCAAACGACUCCAUCGAUCAUUGCUAUUUGCCGCAUCAUGCGGUCUUCAAAACCACAAGCACUACGACCAAAAUUCGCGUCGUGUUCGAUGCGUCCUGCCGCACAACAUCUGGCCACUCUCUGAACGACAUCCUUCUUGUUGGGCCAGUUGUGCAGGAAGACCUUCUGUCUAUUAUCUUGCGCUUUCGAAUCAAACCGAUUGCACUUGUGGCGGACAUUGAAAAAAUGUACCGCCAGAUCGAUGUUCAUCCAGAAGACCAGCCUCUUCAGCGGAUUCUCUGGCGGAAACACCCGUCGGAUCCCAUAUCUACCUUCGAGCUGCGGACGGUCACGUACGGGACCGCCUCCGCUCCUUAUCUUGCUACAAGGACACUCGCACAACUCGCCAAGGACGAAGGCGAGACAUUUCCGUUGGCCAACUCGGUGGUGGCCGAGGAUUUUUAUGUUGAUGACUGUAUCAGCGGGGCAGACAGCGUUGAAACGGCUCUCCAAGUACGUCGGCAGACCAGUGACAUGCUCAAAACUGCAGGAUUUCCACUGCGAAAAUGGGCAUCAAAUUCACCAGAAGUGUUGGCGGAAAUCCCUGAGGCUGAGCGUGGAAUUCAGCCAUUUUACGACCUUACCGACACUCAAUCGGUAACCACCCUUGGGCUUGUCUGGGAACCGAGCCCCGACAUCCUGCGAUUCAACAUCCAACUACCACUUCCUGCUGCCGUACUCACCCGAAGGAUCGUCCUAUCUUAUAUUGCCCAAAUUUACGACCCGCUGGGCUUGGUAGGACCAGUUGUAUCGACCGCUAAACAGUAUAUGCAGCAUCUUUGGGCGCUGACUUCCGACCAGGGAAAACCGUACUCUUGGGAUCAACCGCUUCCUGAAAAACUACAACACGAGUGGAAGGAAUUCCACACCACCCUGAACCUGCUUGGCGAAAUUCGUAUUCCUCGAUUUGCUUCGGUGGCCGGAACAGAUCGCCUGCAAUUGCACUUUUUCUCGGAUGCAUCUGAGAAAGCCUAUGGCGCGUGUGUAUACAUGCGCUCCGAAGAUUCCCGUGGACAGGUGUCCGUCCAGCUUCUUGCGGCCAAAUCAAAGGUCGCACCCCUGAAAACUCGCCACAGCAUCGCCCGAUUGGAACUCUGCGGAGCAGUUCUCUCCACCCAACUGUAUCAAAAGGUAAUUCGUUCGCUCAAGACAAAUGUCGAAGUAUUUUUUUGGGUAGAUUCUAUGACGGUGCUUCAAUGGCUGAAAUCCCCUCCCUCCUGUUGGAAGACGUUCGUGGGGAACCGCGUAUCCAAAAUUCAAGAAACAACGGUUGGCUGUCCUUGGAACCACGUUCCAGGAAAGGAUAAUCCGGCGGACGACAUCUCCCGUGGUCUUACGCCGGCCGACCUGCUACACCGCGACCGCUGGUGGACAGGCCCAAAAUGGAUCAAGCUGGCCAAUGACUGUUGGCCAAAUCAACCUGUCGUCGCUUCGUCAUCCUCCAGGGCGUUCAGUGAGGAACGCAAGGCGUGUCUAGCAUCACUUACGCCCCCCAGUGAUCCGUUAGGCGAAUUGCUCUUCAGUCGAUUCUCAUCGUACACCAAGUUGCGGCGGACUGUGGCCUACAUUCUGCGGUACAAACGAGUGGUGCAUGCGUCAGCUGCCAAGUCCCGCCCAAAUGGGGCAUGUGCUGCUUCUAAAAGGACAUCUUACGCUCCAACGCAAUAUUUGACUGCUUCCGAACUGCGAGACGCAGAAAUUUCACUCUGUCUGAUUGCUCAACGUCAAGCAUUUCCGAUGGAGAUGAAAGCCCUCAUCAACAAACAACUGGUCGACAAAUCAUCUCCAAUGAAAUGGAUCACACCUGAACUCUCCGAAGACGGCCUCAUCCGAGUCGGUGGCCGAAUCCGGCAUUCCAAGGCCGCCGAAACAAUGAAACACCCGAUCAUCCUCACCAAAAAGCAUCGAUUGGCAUACUUGCUGGCCGAUCAUUACCAUAGAACACUCUUGCACGCUGGACCGCAGUUAAUGAUGAGCACCAUUAAAAUCAAGUUCUGGUUGCUUGGUGGUAGGGAUCUGCUUCGCCAGGUGUAUCACCAGUGCCAUACAUGCUUCCGCCGGAAACCUGCUCUAAUUCACCAAACGACAGCAGAUCUACCAAGCUCUAGGGUAACUGCAUCUCGGCCAUUUGCGAUCUCCGGGGUCGAUUAUUGUGGCCCAUUUUUCCUGCGUGCCCCACACCGAAGAGCAAGUCCCACCAAAGCAUACAUCGCUGUGUUUGUGUGUUUUUCGACACGGGCUGUACACCUGGAGCUCGUCGGGGAUCUCUCUACAGCGGCCUUCCUGGCAGCACUCAAGCGGUUCGUUGCGCGACGUGGCAAGGUGUCCGAAAUCCAUUCGGAUAACGCAACCAACUACAAAGGGGCUGCCAACGAGCUCAAUCAGCUCUAUCAACUAUUAAAAACGGACAACGGCAGCCGAAAAUUGAUCUUCGACUGGUGUGCCAACUCCGAAAUAGAUUGGAAAUUCAUUCCACCCCGCGCCCCACAUUUUGGUGGACUAUGGGAGGCGGCGGUGAAAUCCACAAAAAAUCACCUCCUGAAGGAGGUCGGCAAGACCAUCGUCCCCUACGAAGAAAUGCUGACACUCAUCACUCAAGUCGAAAUGUGUCUGAAUUCAAGGCCUAUUACGGAACUUUCUAACGAUCCCUCAGACCUAGAGGCCCUCACUCCGGGCCAUUUUUUGGUUGGAAGUAACCUCCAAGCUAUUCCAGAAGUCGACCUCAAACAAAUACCGGACAACAGGCUCAACCGGUGGCAGCUGCUUCAGAAACGACUCCAGGCAAUAUGGAAGCGCUGGAGCACCGAAUACUUGCAGCAGCUUCAAGCCCGUUCGACGAAGGGAAUCAAACCGCCCGUUGACAUUCAAAAGGGCCGAUUGGUAAUCGUGAAGGACGACAACAUGCCACCAGCACAGUGGCCCUUGGGUCGCAUCACAGAUGUCCACCCUGGACCGGACGGAAUUGUGCGAGUCGUCACGCUUCGAACAUCAUCCAGCAACAGUAUGACUCGUCCAGUUACGAAGUUGGCCUUCCUACCGAUGCCUGCUGACGAUACCGAGGAAUCGUAA